AGGGCAAAAGGCAACAGCGACUCUGGAAUUCUAUACAGGCAUUGCUGAGGACACCUACGAUGACGCAAUCUCCGCGCGGGGUGGGCGGGGCUCCGCGAGGACCUCAUGCCUCCGAGCUCGCCUGAGGAGCGGAAGCCGUCAGUCGAGAAGCAGAUACCCAAGGUCCCGGAGGUUGGGUAGGUGUUUUCUUUCUGUUCUCGAUUACCUUGGCAACGGCCGAGGCGGGAGACCCGUGGUCUGCACCGUCCUGGGGGGCGAUCUGAGUGGCUGGACUCUCAGCCAGCCACUGGGAUGUGUUCAGGCUUUGGACCUUGAGGUCGGAGAGAGUCCCUAGAGGAGGCGACGCCCCCGUUUAUUCUUCUGAGGGGCGAUGAAACCGAGGACCAGAGAGGGAAAGUGACCUCAAAGUCACAGAGUAUUUAGAGCUGGACAGGAAUCCAAGCCUGCAACUGCAGAGACCAGAGAUCUUUCUGCUAUCUAUACUCUUGAGAAGCACAUCUGAAAAUCUUUGCAAAUUAUCGUGUGGAAGGAAAAUGCCUAAAGUCAAAAGAAGCCGGAAAGCACCCCCAGAUGGCUGGGAGUUGAUUGAGCCAACGCUGGAUGAAUUAGAUCAGAAGAUGAGAGAAGCUGAAACAGAACCGCAUGAGGGAAAAAGGAAAGUGGAAUCUCUGUGGCCCAUCUUCAGGAUUCACCACCAGAAAACCCGCUACAUCUUUGACCUCUUUUACAAGCGGAAAGCCAUCAGCAGAGAACUCUAUGAAUACUGUAUUAAAGAAGGCUAUGCAGACAAAAACCUGAUUGCAAAAUGGAAAAAGCAAGGGUAUGAGAACUUGUGCUGCCUGCGGUGCAUUCAGACAAGGGACACCAACUUCGGGACGAACUGCAUCUGCCGUGUGCCCAAAAGCAAGCUGGAAGUGGGCCGCAUCAUCGAGUGCACACACUGUGGCUGCCGUGGCUGCUCUGGCUGAGGCUGGCGCUCUCCACCCUGGACUCUGGACUUCGCAGGUUCCUGCCUGUGGCGCCACCCCCUUCCUGGGAGCAGCGAGCAGUGCCCCAGGCCCGAGUUGGAGCACGGUCUCUAUGGGGAAGGCUUCGCUGUCCAUCAGCUGUGAUUUGUAAAAAUAAAAUCUUUAAACCACUC